AUGGCUGAACCCGUAGAAAAGAAACCACGCAGAACUCGUACCAUUGAGCUGGACCUGGAACGAUCACCUGAAUGGCCUAAAUGGGUCGAAGACGCGGAAGACAGCGCGUUACUUGAGCUUUUUGAAAUCGGUGUAAAGGUAAAAGGUUCAUUUGCGAUAAACAUCACUGAGAACUCGGAAUAUAUCGAAAAAAUUCUGGGUGAAAAACUCAAUCCUGUUUAUCAACAGAUCAAUGCAAUGUCCACACAGUUUGUCAAGGUGCAAAAUGGUGUCACAACUUCCUUAACGAAUAUGCAAUCAGGUGUAAUGGCGAUGAACACCAAACUCGUUGGAGAGGUCCAAGAAGUAGCAAGAAAAGUUCCGCCAUUGGAUUCACUGAAUAGUAAGAUAAACGAAGUCCUUAGACCCGUUCAACGUUGUGAUGAUAACUUGAUUAAACUAGUGAAUAAGUAUGAAAACCCAGCGAUAAAAGGUGCUUUGGGAGAAGCGGAAGUCCUAACAAUCUUACGAGAUCACUUUCCUAACUACACAAUCCGCAGCGUUGCCGGACAAGGAAGAAAAGCGGACAUUGAAAUCACGUCCGCGCAAUCAAGCCAGAAAUACCUCGUGGAAGUUAAAGAUCAUGAACGUGCAGUUCCCGCAAAGGAAAUUGAAAAAUUUAAGAAAAACGUGAGCGACAACAAAGUCAAAGUCGGUAUUUUAUUCUCGCUGAGAAGCGGUAUAAGUGUUCACGCUAGUCAUGGGCGGUUUACGAUUAAAUUUGAAGAUAACCAAUAUUAUAUUUACGUCCCCAAUGCUUUAAAAGAACGAAAAGAUCUGAUCGUCUGGAUUGUCGUGCUAGCGGACCAGUUGGCUGUCUUGAAUCAAGGCCUCACCGACACGCAGACUAAAGUGGUCACCAAUUUGCUUACGGAAUUUCAACAGAGUAUGGACAGAAGCAAAAACUGUAAGACACAUUUAGAAGCUCUCAAAGGAAGUGUUGCUGCAUUGGAAGAAAACAUGGAACCUCUGUUAAAAGUAAUCCAAAAUGCAAAAACAAAACUGAACAGUGCACUAAACAAGAAUAGUUAA